CGUAUAGUAUGAGGCAAUAGUAUCGCGCGACCAGAUCGUGCCAGCAGUGCACGAAAGUAGAUGUAAUAGAUGAUUUUAGAUAUGUGAUUGCUUUGUGGUUAGUCUAUUUCAAUUGCUUUAAUAAAAAGCUACACUUAGAAAAUGCUUAUGAAGUUGUUACUGGUGGGUUCAUCAAGUCAAUUAACUCGCAACUGUGCAAUACGAUGAAUGAGAAAAAUGUGGCAAAAAGGAGGCGAAGCUCUAUUUGAUGACAUAUCAGAUGCGAAAGGUGAUGAGAUACAGCGGUUGAGUGUGAUUCAAACAUUACCAACUUUACUAGCUGAAGAUCCACAAGCAUGUAUUCAAAGAUUAAUACCCAUGAUGCAGGAGACUUUGCCUUCAGCAUCAACAGAAUUUCAUGUUGCUGCUUCCUCUACUUUCAAAACAAUAUUAGAACAAAGACUCGUCAGUGAUUCGGUUUUCACACAAACAUUCCUACAAAAAAUUCUAAGUCUUCUCAAUCACAAGGAUCAGAUUGUAGCUCAUACAUGGCUGGAGACCUUACCUGACGUGAUCGAUUUACUACCAAUUGAUGUUGUUGCGCGUAAAAUUCUGCCGGUGGCUAUAAGUAAAGGACAGUUGUCACAGCCUGUCGAGUCUCGAAUAGUUUGUUGCAAGUUAUUAGGAAGGAUCUGUACGAGAUUCGAUUCUCAAAUGAUAAAAAAGGAUGUACUGCCUACAGUCCAUUCACUUUGUCAAGAUGAAAAUAGUGAUGUAAGAGCUUGUAUAUGUUUACAACUGCAUUUUGUAGCUGAAGGCUUAGGUCCUGAGUUAGUAAAAUCUUUGUUACUUUCGUUAAUUAUUGAAUUAGCAAACGACGAAGAAGCCAUUGUAAGGCAAGCCUCUGUACAGACAAUAGUUCAUCUUCUACCUCAUUUUCAAGCUAAUGUACUAAAGAGUGCAAUUUCACCACUUUUUAAAAAAUUAUGCGAGAAUUCUUUACAAGCUUUUGAUAGCGUAACACGUAUCAUUGCCGAAGAGUUUGGAAAAAUCGUCAUUGGAUUAGAAAAAUGUCUGACAGCAUCAGAAAAGACAUGGUUUUUAAAAUAUUUUCAACAAUUAGCACAAAUAGGAAUAUCAAAACAUAUUACAACAGCAAAAAAAAAUAGCUUUGCUGAACAAGAAAUUUCGGUGGAUUUUGAUUUGGAAUUGUGUAAGCAAUACCUAGAAUGUCGGAGGCUGUGUGCUUUUAAUAUUCCUGCGAUGUUUUUUCUUUUUGCAUCAUCAACACCAGAAGAUGUUGACAUAUUGUUAUCAACAUUUUCUGCUCUUGCACAUGAUUCACUUUCUGUGAAACGUGCAAUUGCUUGUGGUAUUCAUGAGGUUGCAAAACUCCUCGGACCAAAAUGCCAUUUAAUUAAAAAGGAUUUUAUGAAAUUAUUAGAUCAUAAGAAUAAAAUUUUACAAGGUUUAAUUCCACAUAUUGCGCAAACAAUUGAACUUAUAAUACAGAGUAAUAAGACCACUGAAACAGAGCAUGAAGACUUAUUGAUAGCAGAAUUAGGAGCAGCAUUAUUGAAAUGUGAGAAUGAAAUAUUUACUAGCAAUAAUUGGAGGUCAUCAAAAUCGAUGUUAGAGCAAUUAGAAAUUUUACCGAAACUUUUUUCGAGUGAAUAUAUCUACACCAACUUUGUGCCUGUGGCAUUUAAAAGAGCUCUGACUACCAAACCCAUACCAGUUCGUUUAGCCGCUGGCAGAUUAAUUCUUGUAUUUACUCGUUAUAAUUUGAAACCUCAACAGAGAAAUUCAAUUCGAAAUAGAAUAUACACAGAUUUUGCUAGAAACCAAAGUAGUUACGUGAGGAUGUUAUUUCUUCAUAUGAUGGUUGAAGCCAUGGCAAUAUUUUCUUCCAAUUAUUUUAAAGAGCAUUUUUAUUCAAUUGUAUUAAGCUUGUCAGACGAUCUCAUAGCUAAUAUUAGGUUUAAAUUAGUAACGCUGUUGCCUACGCUUAAGUCCUACCUUCGAUUGCCUUCCGAUAGAAAGCUUUUAUCAUCUUUUGAAUCAACUAUCCGUAAUUUAAUGAACAAUGAAAAAGAUCAUGACGUUAUUUUUGCACUUACUAAUACUAUUCGGGAAUUAGAUAAAAUUGAUGUUCGGCAUGAAGGUCAAACAUCAUCGGCAAAAAUGAGUAAACAAGAUCUCGAAGACCUAAGAAAGUUUGAAGAGGAAAAAGAAUUGGAAGCAAUAACAGGAGGAAAAUCAUCACCAAUCGGGCAAUUAGCUAUGACCAUUGAAAAAGGAUUAUUAACCUCAGGUCGAACAAAUGUUAGUGACGGAACAUCUUCCUAUGGUAGUAAACAAAGUACAAUUAUCGAAGGCCCAUCAAAGUCAUCGUUAUCAACGACACAGAAAGCAAAACAAACAGGUGUUACGGAGUCAGUAACGGAGAGCUCAUUUAAGGCGACAAGACAAACCACUGGGUUUUCUCAAAGUUUCGAUCCUUCCAAAUCUAGUACGUCUAGUGAUAAUUUAACUUCGAGUUGGGUAAGACUAACAUCUAACCGAAUGCUACUAACACAACUAUGGGAAAAAAUUGAUCAGCCAGAAUCUACUAACUCUUCUUACAACUCUACUAAUACAAAUAUCGACGACGGUGAUGAUUUUGUUUCUAACAUGUCAUGCGGGUGUAGUAAUACUCCAAGUUUUGUUUAUCCAAAUCCUAGUACUUUAGAAACUGAAUCUAACAGACUAAAUUUAACUGGCAGCUGUUCUUGUGAUAAUCUUGAAUGUAAGAAAACGUUUCAUUCCUUUUUGAAACAUAAUUAUUUUGAUUUUCACUCACGAGCAAGUCCAUUACAUCUACUAACACAUUCUAAAGAAUCUAGGUAUGAGCAUAUUCAUAAUUAUUUUUCGCCUUCUCCUUCAAGAGAAUCUGUAUAUGAUGAUACUAACUCUCCCAAUUUUGCUGCUCUACGUGCAGUAACAAAUGCCGCUCACUAUAAUUCUUGUUGGGCUUUUAGUUCCAUGCCUGAAAUACCCGUUACUCUUUUGGAUGACGAAUUUCUUGUUGAUACUGGAGUCAGAAUUCCUGCACAAUUGUCAUCAUCACAAAGUACAUCAAAAAUACCUAACUUACAGGAUAUUAUUUAUCGAAAUACACGUAUUAAUAAUAAAUUUGAUAAAAGCAACAAAAUCGUUUAUACACCAUUAAAGCAAAGAUUAACUAGUGUUGAUCAGAAAAGUAAUAGACUCUCUGGAAAUUUUGAUUCACGAUUUGCUUCUAAAGUUCAAAUGAGAGAUAACUUGAAGGAUAAAAGGUACUCUGUAAUGCCACCUAAAUCUCAUUCAAAUUCAGAAACAUCUCAAAGUCAAGGACUGGAUGAUAAGUCAAAAAGAUCAUCGUUUACGAUGGAUCGAGAAGUAAAUAGAUAUACAAAUUACGUUUCAGACUCUGAUUCUAAAGUCCAGAUGAGAAUUAAUUCAAAGGAUAAAAGAUAUUCAGUCAUACAAACAAAAGCACGUUCAAAUUCGGAAUCUUGCCAAAGUAAAGUGUUAGAUGAUAAAGCAAAGAGAUCGUCAUAUGCCUCAGAUCGAGAUGUAAAUGAUAAAUUUAAAAAAUGUCUUAAAACAGGGAUGACAUCGUACGAUAAUGAAGGGCCUAUAUUCAGUAGAUACAGUAAGCAAAACUUCAAACGACACAGUGUAGAGGUUACUGACUAUGCUCCAGUUAAUCGUAUGAAUACACUAAAAAGAAACUUUACUUUGGAUGUAAACCAUAAUCAAGGUACCAGUAAAAUUCCGCUAAGAAAAUCAAUAAUAGCUUCUGGAAGUCGAACAGCUCCAGUAACUAGAGCAUCCAGUCCAAUAAGAUGGGGACCACAAUUAAGCUUUGAAGCAGAUCAUCAGCCUACAAAAUAUUCUGAACCAAAUGUAAGCUGUUCUAGUGAUCAUUCUAGUGAUGAUGAAACUAAUAUGCAUGGUUAUAAAAAAUUCACAAGCCGUGAAUUAUCUAAUUUAAAAAAGGAAGACUAUACAAAAGAUUGGAUCAAUAAGUUGCCUGGUAACGAAAGAAAGGUGAGUUCGAAAGAAUUUGAUAAUCUGUGUUCAAAAUUCGCAGACGUUGGUCCAACAUAUGCCACCAAAGGAGAGUAUUUACAGGAUUGGAUGAGCAAAUUACCUGUUUGGAAUCCACAUGCUAAAAAAAAUAUGUAGUUGAUACUUUUUCUGAUAAAUUUUUAAUUAUUAUCAUGACAUAGUUGAAAAAAAUCUCUCGCAAUAUUUUUAAUGAGGAUGAAAUCAAUUCAUUUAUUUUAAG